AGCGCAACCUGUUUCCAUUAUAGGCAAAAACCCCGUCUCCAAGUAACACAAUCCCUCUCUUCCUCUCUUCUCUCUUUCUCUCUCCCAAUCUUUUCUCUUGAAAUCAAAUCUUUUUAAUCUCUCCUUUCUCGGUUUCUCCUUUCUCUUUCCGGAAAGCUUUUCUUCACUAUAUGUUUGUAGAUUUGGUGGAAAUUCGAAGGAACCGUAAUUGCUGCAGCGAAAACGACAAUGAAACAGAGAAGUAGUGGCGCUCACCAUUACUCCCCCAGGUACGACAGGAAUGAUGAGAUUGAGGUCGCUGCAAUCUUGCUAGAACUUCCUGCUCUUAUUGUUGAAUCUGAUUCCGCCCUUCGAUUACCAUUAUCUUGGGGUGCCAAAAGAAGGAGAUCUGCCAAUGAGCCGUCGUUUCUGCACGGCGUACGGUUACCGUCACCGUCAGUCCCCUCUAUUCAUGGGAGUGGUAGUGGCGGCGGGAGUGGUGUUCUGGUGAGUUGCGCGUUUGAGUCUGAAAAGCCCGCCGUCAAAGUUGGAACUUCGAGUCCUGCAACGCCUCUCUCUUUCUCUCCUAGCGAAUCUGAUGAGAAGCGUAAGCGCUUGAAAAGAAAAGCCUCUGUUAAGAAGACGAAAGAGCACUGGCUAGAGGUUAUAGAAAAGUAUACUAAGAGCAAUGAAUCACUGGCAAAGGAUAUAGCACAGAUGAAGUGCUAUUACGAGAAGAUGAAAGAAAACAAUUUGUUGCUGCAAGCAAGGAAACAAGAGCUAAGUCUUGGGUUUAGACGAGAAAUGCCUGGUUUAGAAGCCGAGAGCAGCUCGAGUCUUGAUAUGAGACUCGAGCAAACCAUAAUCAAAGCAUCUAAUAGUCUCGUUGGACAUGAGUUUCACAGUCAUCGUCAACAUCAUCAACUUGGGUUUAUGGUUGAUCAGAGACCGUUGAUCAGCGAUAGGACGGUUAACGAAACAGGAAUAAUUGCGGGUUAUCCAUAUCCAAAUGAUGGGCAAACAGUGUCUUUGUUUCCGGGUAGAAGCCAUGGAUUGGGGAUGAAGAUGAACAUGAAUGAUAAUAUGGGGCCAAGUGUUGUACCUGAUCUGAACGUAGCUCCAGGAGAGUCUGUUUGGAUGGAUUUUACCAAGCCAAUUGUCGAUGAUAGGACCAUGUCUGCUCAAGCUAGACAGAGAAGGAUGCAAAUUUGCCGGCACAAGAAGUCUAAUUCUACUACCAAAUUACGCAUCUUGAAUAGAAGAUGAUCUUUGGGAUUUUUUUAAUUUUUUUUUAUAUAUAUAUAAAUUUACUACUGAUGUAGUAAGAAUAUUGAUAUUAAUGGUCGGUCUAAUUGUAAAUUUUAGGAGAAAAUUUAGGAGUUUUUGGCCGAUUUACUCUCCUAGAUGAAUCAAAAUUAUCGCAAAUCUCGGUGCAGUGUAUUAUGUGUUCUCUAUAUUCGUGGAUAGGAUGGCGUGGGUCUUGAGUGGUCAGAAUUCUAUCAAAUAUCAACAACUGUGAUUUUAUUCUAUUUUUAUUGAUAGACUCUUGGCACG